UUUCUUCGCUGCCAAGAAAGAAAGAAAGAGGGGCCCUUCUCCUCCUCCUCCUCGCCGAUCAAAUCAACGCCGCCUCCGGCCACCGCCUCCGCCUCCGGCCAACACAGCGGCCUCCUCCUGCUCGCUGCACCGGCCAUGGCUCCGCAACCCCAGUUAGACCAGGAAAUGGCGGAGAGGUACGGGAUACCAGUGGAGCUGCUGAGAGAGGGGAUGCCGAGUUUUCUCCAGAAGGCGGCCGACGGCGAGGUCAUCUUAGGCGACUACGUGCGUGUGGCGACCUCCGAGGGGCUGGAGGCCGCCCUCAAAACCAUGGCGACAGCGCCGUCCUCCUCCACCACCACCGCUCCCAAGCUAUCCUGCUACAUCGUCACCUACCUGCCCCUAGAAGAAAGCAGCAAGAUCCGGGAGUUGAUGCAGCAACUGCAGGAGGAACAAGGACUCCCCAAUAUCGUGGUCCGGAACAUGGAGGUGCUUGAGGCUAAGGAAGACAUGCUUAAUCGGCUCAGGCAAAACAUCCAAGACGUGGAGGCGUUGAUCGACUGGCUUCAAGAUUUGGCUGCGGAGCUCCAGCCCGCCAAUCCUGCUGGGCGGCCUCCGCUUCUUGCUCUCAAGGUGCAGUACACGCUCGCCAAGAUCGAUUCAGAUGACUUGGAGACAGCCAAGGAGAUGCUCAGGGGGUUCCCAGGUAUCUCAAGCAAUCUUGGAAAUAUUGGACUCGAAGACACGGAGGACCUCGCAGAUCAUCUUAAGGAACACUACCCUCUUGACCUUCAAUUUCAAGUGCCCGAUGACAUGGACAGUCAGAUCCUUGCUGCACUUUCUGUCACGGAUUGGCUUGAUAGCAUGGAUCUAAUCAACGAUUCCCCUAAGUUGCUGGAGUGUGUUCGGAGGACCAUCACUGACCUUGGGGACAGACUUGCAAGUUACCAGGAACUGGCCAUUGCACCUUCGCUCAUCGGUGCGGCCCCUGCGGACUUCGAAGAGCAUUGAAGCAGCCUGCUAUUGAUGUAGCUAUUAGGAACAUGGUAACAUAGUGAUGGGUGGGUCUGUUUGCUCUUGUUGCGCAAUGUGAAGAUAGCCAGGCUCACUUCUCGCCAAUUCUGGGUUCAUAUGAAAACAGCUGAUUGCAGCUUCUCUUGCCAGUUUUGUAACAGCCAAAAUAUGAAGCUUGUUGUGUUCAGGCUUUAAGGCUUUGACAGCAGCAUCAGUUUGGGUCCCAGGUUGUGGCCUUUUGCUAACCUUAGAAUGCUUACUCUUGAUCACUGUCAUGUGCUUGAUUUACAGUACUUGUUAUCAUAAUUGCUCUGUCCUAAAUUGUUAAGCACAAAUGUUUUUUGCUAGUA